AUGUUUAGAACUGUCGUUCUCCGUGUCCCCCAUGUUAAUUUACCCAUUAAAAAACGAACAGGUUCAGUUGUGCGCGAGGAUGAGCAGGAGAAGACCUCUACAAUGGGUGCUUUAAAAAGGCUCAAGUGUUCUGUGAGAUAUCGUUGUGUGAAUGCCUUUGCUCACACCAAGCAAAAGAAACAGCAACAGCCCGUCUUCACUCCAUCUAUGUUUCGUGAGGUGAUCCAUCCCACAGAUGUUCAGACAAGAAAAUACCAACUUCUUGAACCUAAGGUCAAGUGCCUCAUUGGAAAGUUGUGUCAUCAAAUGGCGUACCCGUAUCACCUUGUGGCUAAAAAGCACAGCAAAUCCAAUAUUUCACCAAGCAAACAACAAGCAAGUGUAUCUGGUAUCGUUCAUGCCAUCACAUCUAAUAAGACAGAUACUGCAAUGGCUUUGAAGUCAGAUAAAGUAGAAGCAAAGGACGAUGAUGUCGAUUCAAUGGUUCAUCUUAACGCUGAACUCGACGCUGAUCCGACCUCUACUCUGCUGGUUGAACACUACUCUUGCAAAUCUGGCUGCCCUUCUAGUAUUUUCACUGGCAGUGGCAUUGUGGAAAGUGUUGCUCCUGCCUCUAACACGUCUCGCCGUAGUAGUAUGGAUUUCUGUGCAAAUGCAAACUCUUCUUUGACAAUGAACAUCAUUUCUUCUACGCACCAGAAUAAUAGAAACAGCAGCAACAGCAACAGCGAAUGUCCUAACGCGAACUUUGUCGUAGAAUUAGUUGAAUUGGAAACAGAUCCUUUCGUACAAUGGGUGCGUACAGGUCCAAUAUAA